AUGUACACUAAUUACCUACCCCGGUGUUCUAUCGGACUCGAAUCUCCUGGCAAUUGCGGAUUAACCUCUUUUUGCACUUGCCAAGACCCACAAAUUCUCGGCCGCAACACCUUGGAGCAUAUUACGGUGAACCCAGACGGCGCAUUCACAGUGGACCUUGUGCUCGGAUGUGGAAAGAAGAGCGAGUUUGCUCUGACUGAUCUCCACGGUCUAACAAAGACUGUAGCCAAGCACAAAGUUGAAAAGGCUGCUCUGGUCCUGGAAGGCCUAGAGACGGACUUUAUAGAGGGAUUCCUAACUGGAGUACUCGCAGAUUUGGCGGUUGAUAACAGGUUCAAGAAGGAUGGCAAACAUGAUUAUGAUCUCAAGGACGUCCUCGUAUUUCACUCUGACAAGGACGUUGAACACACUGAAGAGAGAUCCAAAGUAUUUGCAUCAGCCAUGCACCUUACAAAGGAGCUCGUUACAUCACCCCCAAAUUAUGCAACUACAACCUCUGUUGCCAAUUUCCUCGAGACACACUUUAAAGGACUGGGUCUUGAAUUCAAAGUCUUGGAAAAGGAUGAAUGUGAGAGGCUGGGAAUGGGAGCAUAUUUGGCAGUUUCACAGGGAAGUGCGCAUCCUCCAAAGUUCCUUCAUGCAACCUACAAGGGUGAAGGUCCAAUCAAGAAGAAGAUUGCCUUUGUAGGAAAGGGUAUCAUGUUUGACGCUGGAGGUUACAACGUCAAGAACGCCACAACUCUGAUUCAUUUGAUGAAAUUCGAUAUGGGCGGGAUGGCUACUGUAUUUGGGGCAGCUGAGGCAAUUGCAAAAUUGAAGCCAAAACACGUUGAGGUCCACUUUAUAUCGGCAACCUGUGAGAACAUGGUCGACGCAAAUUCCUACAGACCUGGUGAUAUUGUCACCGCUUCCAAUGGAAAGACCAUCGAGGUCAUAAAUACAGAUUGUGAAGGUCGUAUGACCCUUGCUGAUGCCUUGUGUUAUGCCGACAACUUGGAUGUAGACAUGAUCCUGGAUAUUGCCACUCUAACUGGUACACAGAUUGUCGCCCUUGGUCAACGCUAUUCCGGGUUUUACGCCUCAAAUGAGGAGGUGGCGGAUCUGUUCGCUAAAGCAGCCAAGCUUUCCGGCGAAUUCUCCUGGAGAAUGCCACUGGCAAAAGAGUACAAAGCGGCUCUAAAGUCCGGGGUUGCAGAUCUGGCCAAUUGCAAUUACAGGGCGGAUGCUCAUGCAAUAUUUGCCGCUUUAUUUCUCCAGGAAUUUGUAAAUAAACCCUGGGUGCAUGUCGACUUUGCGGGUCCAGCAUUCGAACGAUCAUCUGGAAGAGGAACUGGACACCAUGUUAGGACGCUGGUGAACCUCGUCUUGGCACUUUCGGGGGAGCAAUUGUCCCUGUAG